CUAGAAAGCAGUGGAAAGGAUGCAAACUAAGAGUCUUUACGUUAGCCAAUAAAAAGGACGAAUUGGAUACCGAACAGCGAAAUAUGGCAACACUUCUCAGCAAAUUUAGAAUUGAUUACUCGGACGUAAUUGUGAUCCCGGAUAUCGUUAAAGCGCCUCAAGAGUCGACUAAACGACAAUUCAAAGAAAUGAUCUCCAAAUGGAGGGUCAAAGACAACGAAAGCAAUAAUUGCGAAACCAUUGGAAAUAAAAGCGAUAGUGAAGUGAACGAACAAUUAGUGAUUACUGAGUCUGAAUUGGUUGCUCUCAAAGAUAAAAAUAACCGUCAGAUGAGACUCAGGGAUCUCCUCAAUAGCUAUUCUAAAGAAUCCUCACUUAUCGACACUUCCGAUGCCGAGGAAGGGGACGUGUUCUGCGCCACUAUAUAUGGCAUGGCUUGAGAUCCUAACGCAAGAUAUGCCCCCAUUUAUGUUCAUAAGAGGA